AUGUCACUAACAAAGAGAGUAUAUGAACUUGCAGUUGUCACAAACUCAUUCAUGAAUAUAGCGGAAGGUUCUGCAAAGAUUGUUUCCCAAGAUGUAUGUGACUUUUACCGCAACAGCAAACUAGUAAACAGUAUUCAGAGCCAUUGUGACUCAAGCAAACCAAUGUGGGAUGAAGCCCAAACUUUAUCACAACAAGCUAGAAGACAAGCUGCAAGGAAUACAAACAACAACCCAUUCAACGGGUUUCAACAAACACGACCAUAUUCAACUAAAUCUUUUUACCCAGGUGAAAAUGUCAGUCUAGACACUGACCCUGUACCCGUCAACACUAACGUCCCAGUGAAACCAAGCACUAUUGAGCCAGAGAAACCAAAGUUGAGGGAGUUUGAACUAACACAAAGUGAAAUUCCCAGCUCAAGAUUAGCAAGAAUUUUUCAUUAUGGGUCAUUGGCUGCGAAUAUGAGUUUGAAUGCUGCUACACAGGGUUUGAAGCAUUACGCAUCGGGCAAUACUUCUCCAAUGACUAUGAAAUCGUUAUUCUUAUCCCCAAAGAACAUUGAAAGUAUGGCUAGAAAAUUUUCGAAAAUGAGAGGUGCCGCUUUAAAGAUUGGACAAAUGCUUUCAUUCCAAGACGCCUCGAUAUUACCUAAAGAAGUACAACAGAUUUUACUUCGAGUGCAAAAUUCGGCACAUUAUAUGCCACCAGGACAAUUAGAAAGAGUCAUGGUUGGCGAUUUAGGAAAGAAUUGGCGUGAACGUUUGUUUACUUCAUUCGAUGAUGUACCUAUUGCCGCAGCUUCUAUAGGUCAAGUUCACAAUGCCGUAACUGAAGACUUGACUCCAGUUGUAGUAAAAGUGCAGUAUCCAGGAGUGGCCAACUCGAUAGAUUCUGAUUUGAACAACAUGUUGAUGAUCUUGACUGCAUCUUCGUUAUUGCCAGCCGGUUUGUUUUUGGACAAGACAGUGGCAAAUGCUAGAGUUGAGUUGAAAUGGGAAUGUGACUAUAUCAGAGAGGCUCAAAAUUUGAUAAGAAUGAGGGAGUUUUUAAAAGACGAUGAAGUAUUUGCGGUUCCUAGAGUUUUCCACAAUGCAUGUGGUGAACAUGUUAUAACCAUGGAAAGGAUGAGAGGAACGGAGAUUGUCAAGGGUAAUUGGGACCAAUCCACCAAGAAUUGGAUCGCUACACAAAUUAUGAGAUUAUGUUUAUUGGAGAUUAAAGAGUUUAAAUUCAUGCAAACUGAUCCAAAUUGGGCCAAUUUCUUAUUUAACGAAAAGACCAACAAAAUUGAGCUUUUAGACUUUGGUGCUGCACGUGAUUAUAGCGACAAAUUUAUUGUCAACUACGUCAGAUUGUUGCGUGCUGCCGUCAAGAAAGACCCAAAGAAGGUUGAGGACUUGUCUUUUGAAUUAGGUUAUUUGACUGGAUUGGAAUCUCCUGCAAUGACCCAAGCUCAUGUUGAUUCAGUUAUGUGUUUGGGUGAAGCAUUCUCACCAAUCGACAACAAUGGCCAUCCAUUCAAUUUUACAAAGCAGACAAUCACAGAUAGAGUAAAAGGAAAUAUUGGAUUGAUGUUGAGUGAAAGACUAACACCACCACCAGAGGAAACAUACUCCUUGCACAGGAAAUUGAGUGGUGUUUUCUUGCUCUGUGCUAGGUUGAAUGCAACUGUCCCAUGUGAAGAUUUAUUUAGGGAAAUUGUUGGUUACGAAGAUUAA